ACACACACACACACACACAAAGAGGAAGUGGUCGGUUUGUGACUCGGAGAUGGUUGUUUGUUUGUGAGGCUGAACUGUGAGCGGGUUGUUCAGACUGUUGUUCAGACUGUCGGAGCUUCUCUUCAGGCCGCAGGACUCUCAGGAAGUCAGAGUUUCAGUCUGAGUUUAAGCUGCUGUUUCUGUCCGCCAUCUUACCGCCGCUGCCUGUUAGCUGUUAGCUUGUUAGCUACUAGCUGUUAGCUGUUAGCUGUCAUGGCGGCCGGAGGCGGCGCGGCUGCUGCUCAUGUCGGUGAUGUUGAAGAAGACGCCUCUCAGCUGCUGUUCCCGAAAGAGUUUGAGAACUCGGAGACGCUGCUGAACUCGGAGGUUCACAUGUUGCUGGAACAUCGGAAGCAGCAGAACGAGAGCGCCGAGGACGAGCAGGAGCUGUCCGAGGUCUUCAUGAAGACGCUCAACUACACGGCUCGAUUCAGCCGCUUCAAGAACCGAGAGACCAUCACCGCCGUACGCAGUCUCCUCCUGCAGAAGAAGCUUCACAAGUUCGAGUUGUCCAGUCUGGCCAAUCUGUGUCCCGAAGCAGCUGAAGAGGCCAAAGCCCUGAUCCCCAGUUUGGAGGGGCGCUUUGAAGAUGAGGAGCUGCAGCAGAUCCUGGACGACAUCCAGACCAAGAGAAGCUUCCAGUACUGAGGACCAGGACCAGGACCAGGAUCCACACAGACCUCCACCAGGUCUCUGCAGGGUUUUCAUGUCCAGCAGGACUGAACUGAACUGAACUGACUGAUCCUGAUCAUGUGAUCUGAUGACAUCACUCUGAGGCACCAGGUGUCCCUGAACGCCUCGUCACUCAGGUGGUUUGUUUCCUGACGAUCAGCUGAUCGUUUCUUCUUCUGUCACAAUAAAUUGAUUUGUUUUUUU